AACAGACACAGAAGUGUCAAUCAAAAAGUGUCAGAUAUGAACAGUGAUCGUUUUGUGAUUAUUAUUAUUAAUUUAAGUUCGCGCGAACAUUAAAUUUUUAAUUGACUAUAAUUUUGCUUUGUUUGAGCAGUUAAAAUGGCGCCUAUUCUAAAAGAAGUAAAGUCUCGUAAACCUUACAUACUUUUGUCAGCCCGUAGGAAGCGUGAAAUAGCACAAGAAGCUAAAAAGGAAUUUUUACAAUACCUUAAUGCCAAGCAUCCACUGUUUACUGAGAAGGAUUUGGAUGUUACCAUUUGUGGCUCCAGUACAAGUGUUGAAGACGUCGAGAAGAAUUUAUAUCACACAACACGUGUAAACCAUAAACGUCAAAGAUCUUUUAAUAGCAUUAAUGAAGAACAAAGCUUUGUGCUUUGUGAUAAUGAAGAAAAUGUAGAAGAACCUUCUUACACACGUGUAAACGUCAAACGUCAAAGACCUUUUAAUAGCAUUAAUGAAGAACAAAGCUUUGUGCUUUGUGAUAAUGAAGAAAAUGUGGGAGAACCUUCUUCCCUCUCACCUUUGCAAUGCGAACUACAGAAUCUGUUUAAUACCCAAACUAUGACGCCAGAGUGUUCAACUAAAUUGUUAGAAAUUCUGAGGCGUCAUGGUCAUAAGAAUGAACUACCAGUAGAUUCUAGCACAUUAUUGCAAACUCCGAAACGUGCUAUCAAUGACAUAGCAAUUAAUACUUCAAAUAGUGAAGUUGAUAUUGAUUUGAAGCAGGAAGAUGAAGUCUGGAUUCAGGAGGAAGAAGAAGAUGAGAUUGCAGAGGAGGAAGUGAUCUGGUUUACAGAGGAAGAAGACGUUUUGGUUUCACAAGAGGCAGAAGUUUGUGGUUUAAGGGAGGAGCUAGCUAAUGAUCCAGUAAUACCAGCCAAUGAUCGUGUAAUCCCAGCUAAUGAUUCUGUAAUCGCAGCUGAUGAUCCUGUAAUCCCAGCUAAUGAUCCUGUAAUCCCAACUAAUGAUCCUGUAAUCCCAGCUAAUCGUAAUGAUUCUGUAAUCCAAGCUAAUAAUGAUCCAGUAACUGGGAGCACUGAUCGGAUUCAGAAGGAUAUAUUAAUUCGUUUAGCCAGACUUGAGGAAGCUAUUUUGGUGCUUAGUGGAAAUGUAGCAUCUGUUCUUAAAUACAUAAAGGAUGAUCGCAGAGACAUUGAAGAGCAAACCUAUGAUUACAGCAAAUAUAGUAAUAGUGAUUUAGUGAUUAAAACUAAUCCAUUUGAUUUAAUAUUGCCUAUCAAAUCUGAGAAUGAAUUGAUGACACUGGAGCAUCGGAUCAAGAAUAAUGAAGAGCUGGCUUCUGAAUUUAAAACUUUCAUUAUCAAAAUUGGGGGCAGGACUGAGAGGGAGCAUAUCAGUAAUGUAUGCAAACGUUUAAUGCCCAAUGAAUUUGCAAUGCAUUGUUCUUGGUUUGGCCUCAAGAACAAUGUCCCACUUCAUGACCUGCUGAUCAUGAAAUUAUUCAGAGAGGUUAUAACCACCAUACACAAAGUCCCUAGCGUUGCAUUCAAACACAUAGUAUCUAAGUGGCUUCGAUAUGCCCGUCAACGCCAUGAACGAAGAGCAACAGGAAAACAAGAACCCAAGAUUAUUUGAUUUUACAUUGACAUAUAUAUUCGAUAAAUGACAAGGAGGAUUUAUUAUUUUUAAGUUUGUUUUUAAACCAUU